AUGGCAGGAGAAGGGCAUGCAAUCGGAAUCGAUCUGGGGACAACUUACUCAUGCGUAUCAGUGUGGGAGCGCGAUCAUGUAGAGGUCAUAGUGAACGAUCAGGGCAACAGAAUGACUCCAUCCUACGUUGCCUUCAUUGAUACGGAGCAGCUGGCAGGUGAAACAGCAUUUAAUCAAGUCAUAAGAAAUCAAACCAACACAAUCUAUGGUGCCAAGAGGUUAAUUGGUAAGAAAUUUAGUGAUGCCUUGGUAGAUAUGAAACUAUGGCCAUUCAAGGUCAUCGAAGGACCUGCAGAUAAGCCCCUGAUUGUAGUCAUCCGCAGCGGUCAAGAGAAACAGUUUACUCCCGAAGAAAUCUCAUCCAUUAUUCUCAGAAAGAUGCGAGAGGUUGCUGAAGCAUACCUUGGCUCAACUGUGGAGAAUGCUGUCAUCACAGUGCCUGCUAACUUCAAUGACUCACAACGUCAAGCUACAAAAAGUGCUGGUGUUACUGCUGGCCUAAAUGUGCUGCGUAUUAUCAACGAACCAACUGCCGCGGCAAUUGCUUAUGGGAUUGACAAGAAGGCUAGUUGGUAUGGCAAGAGCAAGAGAACAGUGAUGGUAUUUGAUUUGGGCGGUGGUACUUUAGAUGUGUCAUUGCUCACCAUUAAUAGUGAUGGGGUCUUUGAUGUGAAGGCCACAGCGGGAGACACUCAUCUUGGAGGUGAAGACUUCGACGGCAACAUGGUUAACUACUGUGUUCAGGACUUCAAGAAGAGGCAUGAUGUGGAUGUUAGUAAAAAUUUCAAGGCUCUUGGGAGGUUGAGAAAUGAAUGCGAGAAGGCAAAGAGAAGACUAUCAUCUUCUUUGACGACAGAAUUUGAAAUCGCCUGUUUGGCAGAGGGUACUGAUUUCUAUACAAGUAUCACUCGGGCCAAAUUCGAACAACUGAACAUGGAUUUCUUCAACAAAUGUAUGGAGCCAGUAAAGAAGUGUUUGGAAGAUGCUAAAAUGGAUGUAAGUUGCGUGGAUGACGUUGUUCUUGCUGGUGGUUCUUCUAGGAUUCCCAAGGUGCAGCAGCUAUUACAAGAUGUGUUCAAGGGUAAAGCUCUGUGCAAGGGUAUUAAUCCAGAUGAGGCUAUAGCAUAUGGUGCCGCUGUUCAGGCUGCCGUCUUGAAUGGUAGCAAUCUGCCCGGGAAGCUUCAAGACUUCAUUCUCUCGGAUGUGACCCCUCUGUCACUCGGUGUGAAGACCGUUGUUGGUUCAGUUGAUGAUACAAUGAUUAUUUUCAUUCCAAGAAACUCGACAAUUCCCAUCAAGGAGAACAGAACUUAUUUGACUGCCAGAGACAACCAAACUGCAAUCUGCUUUCGCAUCUUUGAAGGAGAGAGUGAAAGAACCAUAGAUAACAACUUUUUGGGUGAAUUUGAAAUUGAUGGCAUUCCUCCAGCUCCUGAGGGUGAGGCUAAAUUUGAUGUAUGCUUCAGUAUUGAUGCAAAUGGAAUCCUACAUGUUACUGCUGAGGAAAUAUCCACUGGCCGGAAAAGAGGGAUCACAAUCAACUGUGACAGAAAAGCUUGUUGA